GUCCAAAUAUUUAAUAACAUAUUAAUUUAAACAAGGGUUAGAAAGCAUGUUACUACUUUUUUGAAACAAAAAUCAGUUCUCCCAUUUACUAGCUUCAUAGCCACUGUUGACAAUCCUAUUAUUUAUUUUUCAGCCUUCCCUUUGAAAGAAGCUUAGCAAAAAUCAACUAAGUAAUAACCAAAGAUCUCAUUCUCUUUAACAUCUUCCAGGAUCACAAAUUUCAAUUAUUCUCUGCCUGAGUUAUCACAAUUCAAACUGGAGAAUGAAGAGUAAACACAAGCAAAAGAAGAUAAAAUCUAUUAAAAGAUCGAGAGACACCAGACACAAAUGGGUUAAAAGAAGAAGAAGAAUUAAAGGUUAUACUGUUUUGAUUACACAGAUAGAGGCUAGGAAGAAGAAAAUGAAUUGAGAUUACCUGUUAGAAAUAGGCGGUUUCUGGUUUCUGGGAGCUGUCCAAUGUACUGAGUGAACCAUCAUAACCACAACUUACCCCCUUAAUAGGGACUGAUGUCUUGGGCAGUUCUCUUUUGAACCGGGAUGUUUCUACAUUCAUCUUUUUAGGCUAUUUCUUCUAAUCUACCUUUAAAAUUAUCUUCUAAUCUGUCACUUUGACACAAUGGGUCUUUGAAAUAAAUCUUUGCACAGUACUGAAUAAUUAAGUAAAUAUAGUUAUUGGCAAACAAAGAAAAAGAACCCUUUUGUUAAAAUAUUUGGGAUACUCGAGAUAAUAUAAAAUGAGUAAACUCUUAUUUUUCUUAUGCCAAAUUUAAAAUCUCUUUCUUAUCUCAAAAAUAACGAUCUAACGAUAGCCAAAAAGCUCCCUUAAAUAUACUUCAAUAAAUCAUUGUUUCUGCACUUAAAUCUUACUGUAGGACAAUACAAAUCAAUGAGGAAAAUACGCCAGAUGGAAGUGUUAGGUUUUUUUCUUUGUUCAGGAACAAAUACUCGAUCCGCAAUUUAAAAGUCCGAAGACUCCUCAGCAGAGGGUGAGCUGAUUGACUCUUUGGCUUAUCAAGGGCAAAUCGCAUUUCUGAAAAGAGCUUGAAGUGGUUUUGUUUGUGAGGAGAGUUUGCUUUGUCCCCCACACUGAAAAGUAUACAGCAAAGCCCGAGCAUAGAAAAUAUCCUGAGCUUAAAUUUCUCAUUUUAUUGCCAUCAUAACUUUUCCUCUUGGAAUAAAAUCCUCUAUUUUAUAUGAGUAGGAGAUAAAGGUAGGGAAAGGAAAGUCAAGUAUCUCAAUUGUUAGGCUGAUUGCAUCCAAACAGACUUUAGAAGUCAGGGUUUGUAACGUGGCAGGAGAGCUGUUUGCGAUGCCCUGGAAAGAAAAGAAAGCCGGUUCCAACAGCGACUCUGGGGAAUGCACUCUCGGUCCCCCUGCCAUGCUUACUUAAGCUAAUUGAAGGUCUUGCCUUUCAGCAGCCGCUGCACUGGGAUACCAGACAAACAGCUCCCCUCGAUGCCAGGCAGGCAGGGCCCCUCUUCAGGACAUCAUUAAAAGCACAUGCACUUGCUCCACAUCCAUUGGCAGAUGGUGGCAAGAUUCAAGACUCCUACCCUGAAGUCAAGGAGAAGCCAUCGCGGUGGAAAACAUCCUCGCUUUGAAAAUCCAACACGAAAUUAAAGAACUACACGAGAUAAGGAGCCUGGAGAACAUUAGUUGGCUGCAGGGGUGAAGACAGACACAAAAAGCACAGCAGGUAAGAGCUGGGGGUUGUUGCCAACAAGGAACUGUCCCGGGUGGCGCAGAGAAAAGGAUCUCAGAACUGGAGGCCUGUCCCUUUGAGUCUUCCAUGCGUGCUCAAGCUUGUCAUCUUCCAUAAGCUUCGAGAGAAGGGACGUUGUCAGAGCAUUCCUUAUCGGUGCGACUAAUCCUGUUAUCAGCUUGGUUAUAAAUAUUUAAUGUUCCCUGGCCUUUCGGUGAUGGUGCCCCAUCAGAUUCAAGGCUGUUAAGAAUCCCCACCAGCAGCCUCGCCCCUCCCUGCGGAAAACCGAUGAGAGGCAGGGCCAAGCCGAAGCGAUGGCGGCCUAUCCGGAGAGCUGCGUGGACACGACGGUGCUGGACUUCGUCGCAGACCUGUCCCUGGCCUCCCCGAGACGCCCUCUCCUCUGCGACUUCGCACCCGGGGUCUCCUUGGGGGACCCAGCCCUUGCGCUCCGAGAGGGAAGACCCAGGAGGAUGGCGCGGUUUGAAGAGGGGGACCCAGAAGAAGAGGAGUGCGAAGUGGACCAGGGGGACGGAGAAGAGGAGGAGGAAGAGGAGCGCGGAAGAGGUGUCUCCCUAUUAGGCCGCCCCAAGAGGAAAAGGGUGAUCACCUACGCCCAGCGCCAGGCCGCCAACAUCCGCGAAAGGAAGAGGAUGUUCAACCUCAACGAGGCCUUUGACCAGCUGCGGAGGAAGGUGCCCACGUUUGCUUACGAGAAAAGGCUGUCCCGGAUCGAGACCCUCCGCCUGGCCAUCGUCUACAUCUCCUUCAUGACCGAGCUCUUGGAGAGCUGUGAGAAGAAGGAAAGCGGCUGAGCCUGGUGUGGAGAGUCUGCCCUUCCUCGUCUGGUAGUGCUGGGGUGUGUCAGGACCGGGCACUGGGUGAGGCUAAAGGGCCGGGAGGGAGGCCCCAAGACGGAACGUCUGGUCUUCUGGAGGUCGGGGUCGAGAUUGUAAGAUCCCCACAUCCGCUGAGCAGAGUGGCUGCUGUAGAGUUCCUAUCUACGCGACCGCCCUAAGUGAAGUCGGGGUCAGGGGCGAGCGGGGAAGUCAGAGAGCGUGAGGCUGAGUCGGGGCCGUUCAGGCUGCUCCUAAGAGCUUCCGAGGGCUGGGUGGGUGGGAAGUGAACCCUCCUCGCAAAUGGCAGACUUUGGAGCUUCUAUAAAAUCUAACCUCUCCUCUUCACAUUUUUUUUCAUAGAGAUAAUAAAGUAGAAAUUCUUACUUUUUAAAAAGCCUCAAGGGUCGGUGGUACGCCAUCCCCAGCAGGCGCUCCAGCGGGCGCCUGCGUGGAGGGUCUGAAGCAGACGCCGCAAGGGUGCGGGGGUGCGAGCUUUUCUGAUAGCCAGAGGGUUCUGCCUGGUCCUCCGAGGCUUGUCCAGGAACUGAGGAAAGGAAAAAUGGAAGGCAGAGCAGUCGAGAGGAACUGCUGACAAAGUGCGACCUCUGAGAAGGGACACCCUUCCUGUCUUCCAUUCCCUCUCCCUCCCGUCCCUUCCUCUCUCCCGCGCGCAAGCCCUCUCUCUUCCUUUCUCCCUCCCCUUCGCCACCUAGUUGAUCCCAGACGGACCAUAGCUCCUUGUCCCAGGGCCACAGUGGUGUUCAUUCAGUGCCUUAGCUAGAGUGCAAAUCUACGCUUUGCAUCUAAAGUGCAGCAUCAGCUUCCGUGUUCCAGUGCCUUCAGGCCCCAGGCCAGAGUAAGGGGCGAGUGCACUCGGGUCACUCCUGGGCCGCAGGGGGCCUUGGGCGCCCUGCAGCUUCGCCACCAGCCACCGCUACCAACUGUCCCCCGGCCAGGGGUUGGGGUAUGAAGGGGCCUGGAUCUUUCUAGGAGCAGGGCCGCCUGAGCGCGCUCACUUUUACAUUUUUAGCGGUAGGUAGGAAAGAUAGCUUUCACUCUAAUGGCUUCUAGAGACUACCAGGGGAGACGAAAAGUCCAAAGAGGAGAUGCCUUCUGACGCCUUGCAAAACGCCUGCCAUGCAGAUGAGGUUGAAGCGGGUCCAUGCUGAGAGGCCGCCUCUAGUUUGGACCCGUGCCAUUCCAGGAUUCUUCCUUCUAGGUGACGUGCUAAUACCAGAACUGGGGUCUUUCAGAAAGGAGUGGGUAACUGAGGAGAGGAACCCGAUUGAAUAAUGCCCACCUAAACAUAAAUUCAGUAAUCCUAAAGGAUAAUCCCCAGUGAUUAUUCCAACACUUUAUUUCGCCCCUCAUUGCACACAGGAAUAGGCGGGAGCCUGUGCGAACACACAAUUCUCUUAAUCAUGCUUUCGGAAAUAGAAUUCAUUUAAUUAAUAAGUAACAUAUACUCAUCCUAGAAAUUUUGGAAAACAAAAUUUCAAAAAAGAGAAAAUUCGAAUCACUCCACGUUACCAUACUGUUAGCAUUUUCAUCUAUUUCUUUCCAGUCUUUUUUUUCCCUGUGCAGUUAUAAAUUCAAUAUAUUUAACUAAUUCGAGAUACUUUGGGAUACUGAUAUUUUUCCACUUGGCAUUAUAGAAGGUGCAAUGUUUUCCCUUAACUUUAAAAAUUAUUCAAAUGUGAUUUUGAUUACCAUAUCUUAUUGUCAUAUCCAUGUAUCACACCACCAGCCCUUUACAGAUAGAUAGCUAUUUCCUUUUUAAAAAAUAAAUGAUGCUGCUAAGAGCAUUCUUGUAAAUGCCUUCUCUGUCUAUUAUUAUUUCCUAACAUUUGAUACCUAGAAGUGAAAUUUCUGGAUUCAAGUUUGUGGAUAUAAAUGGCCAGAUUCCCUUCUUGGUGGGUUCUGCCCGUUCACUCUCCCACCCUCUAGCAUUGCAGGGAUUUGCCUGUUUCCCAGCCCCUUCAUUAGUACUUCGAAUAUUUAAAACUUUUCUUAGUUUUCCUUUUCAUAGGACCUGGAUUAGUUCUGAAACGAGUCCCCACUCCCAAGAUGUUUUUUUACUUUUACUGUGUCUUUCCACCAAGAAUUUUUUCAACUGCGCCAUAAGAACAUCAGGAUAAACAGGUAAACAAAAAAAAAUACAUAAACAGCUAACACCAAACAACAACAAAGCCCCAUAGAGUGUUGUUUUUUCUUAUUCUUCCACCAAUUCAAUUUCUCCUGGAAAUUAAAUGUCAUUCUUUUUUAAAAAAUCAUCUGAAAGUGUUGAAUAAAUAAAAAGAAAAAAAAGUAAUUCCAAUCUAGGAAUUCUUAAUAUUUUGUUGAAAGAACCGGUUUUGAAAACCAGAAAUAAAGCAAAAUUGUGUAGACCAGGGACCAUCAACAUUCCUAAGUCGUGAGGAGUCAACACAGCCACCCAUUUUCCUUAGUCUUCUCCAUCAUAUUCUAAUACAUUUUGUUCCUAGAAAGCAAAUAAUAUUCCUCCAGUGAAUACCUCUUCAUCAUAGUAAAUGAUACCUAAAAAACUUCUAAAUUAAAAGUUAUUUUCUUAUUAUCAAUAGAGGAAUUAUCCACCCUUCUUAAAAAAAACUUUAAUCGUUUAUAAAUGCUUUGCUAUUUGUAAGUUUACAUGUUUAGGAACUGCCUCAAAUGUAGCCUUUUAAGAUAUUUUCAUAAUAAUUUUACUCAGAGUAAUUUGAACCCAGGUAAGGAUCAGAGUCACAUAGAAAGGGAUUGACAUUCCUUUCAUCAAAUACCAAUAGAGGUAAGACAAAAUGAUCCACGUCCUGAACUUAAAUCGAGUAUACCUCCAUAUUUUGACCCUCAACUUUUCUAAGCACUAUUUUAAUUUUAGUUUUCCUCAUGUCAGAUGCAUAAAAUCAGUGCACCUUUAACACAAGUUUUUUGUUUGUUUGUUUGUUUGAGAUGGAGUCUCGCUCUGUCGCCAGGCUGGAGUGCAGUGGUGCGAUCUCAGCUCACUGCAACCUCCAACUCCUUGGUUCAAGCGAUUCUCCUGCCUCAGACUCCCAAGUAGCUGGGAUUACAGGCACGCGCCACCACGCCCAGCUAAUUUUUAAUACAAGGGUUUUUGAAUGUAACACCCACUACAUUAAAAUAGUUUUACUGUUUAUUAUCUCCUAAACUAAUAUUGAUAGAAAUAUGAGUAGAUAUUGCCUUUUCAGUAACUUCAACCAGGUUUUUUUUAAGACCUAAUGGUGUCAGUUACUUCUGGAAAAUUAAAAUAAUUUGUUUUUGAAACCUUAAAGUCAUUUGAACAUUUAGAAUCUAAAUACCAUCUGAGAUGUUGCUUGGAGGUGAUUUAUUUAUAUACUCUCUACUGAUGGAACACUGCCUUUUGGUCUCAAACUAAGUUCCCCAUAGCUAUCAGAUUACUAUUAGUAUUCAGACAUCUAAGCCAUAAAAAGAUCUAAAUGAAAUCAUAUUUGAAAGACAUAAUUAGGCUUUCUGAGGAAUCUAAAAAUAAUGAGAAGCCCUUACCAUCAACAGGGAGUCAUUUAGGCUGAUCAUUUUUUACAGUUAGUUGCCCAAUGUUAAAGCAGAUUUUGGCAAAAUUAAGUGCUGGAAACUGAACCAAAUAUUCUGCUAGUAUGCAUAAUUCCUACAUGCAGACAUAUGAUACAAUUAAGACCCUUGGAUUAGUGUUUAUUAUCACAUUUGUCAGCAUUUCCAUUAUAAAAUAAUCUUUUGGGAGGUUGAUAACAUAGCUGUAAAAAUCCUGAGACGAAACUUGAUAAGCAUGAUUUUAGGAUACAUUUUUUUCUUAAUUACAGAUCUUCAAAGGAAACUUCUAAAGUAACGAAGCCACAAGUACAUUUUACGUGUGCAUUUCCAAAAUAUACCUGAUACUUUAAAAAAACAAGAGAAUCUAUUUAAUACAAAAUACAAAUUAGACUAUUAUUUUAUUUUUAUCAAAAAGAGCUAGCAGAUUAGUAUUGAAUGUUAAGUAUGAACUUGACUUUUUAUAGGAUGAUAUUAUUUCAUGAAAUUAUAUUUUAAAUGUUUUUGGAAAACUGGUGAAGUUUGCUAUAUAUCAUUAACUUGGCACAAGUUCACUCAAAGGUUCCUGAACUUUGCCAACAUUUUGGGUGAAGUUAGGCCCAAUUUCUGGUCAGCACCCUCUCUUCCUGUGAAUACUGGACUAAAAAAAGAUCACAAAACAAGAGUCAGCAGUUCUGACCAUUUUGUUUUGACUUUGGGGUUUCUUUGAAUCCAAAGCUUAAAACCAAACCUGGCGGAGGAGGAGAAGGAAAGAAAAGAGGCAAUGCAAACUGACAGGAAUAAAAUACCAGAAAGGUGGAAAAACUUCCUCAAGUCUCUAUAAACCAAAGCCUAUAAAUUUUCACAACAUUUUCUGUGACACCAGAUUGUCAGUUCUGUGUCUAUACCACAUUUCUUAAAGGAGUAUGAGGAAAUGCAAAGAAAAAUAUGAAUGUAUUUUCAAACACUCUUCAUGGCAAAUAUGUGGUAGAAUCCCACCCUUAAUCUGGCAGAAGGCAUGGAACAUUCGAUAUGCUGUGAAAUCAAGAAUUUGACAAAUACGACAUGAUGGAAAUGAUUACAAUAAACUGCUUUAGGUUUACUUAGUGCUUUAUUGGUUUCAAGGCACCAUUCACAUACUUUAUCUCACUUGAUCUUCACAAUUGGAUUUCAGCAAGUUCUAGGGUCUCUCUAUUAAACUGAGUCAUCAGUGUAGCAUCUUAAAAAUUCCUUCACUCACUAUUGAAAUCAGCAAGAUAUUGGGACUCCCAAAAAGGACCAAUGGUCACACAUAAGCACCACAGCACUUUGAAAGAUAUUGCCUUCAAAGAUCAAAAGCACCUUAACAUGUUCUGUGGAUGAUAAAUUAUACAAAAGGCUGGUUUGGUCUGGCUCCCUCAAAGGCCAAAUUUUAUAACCUUCUAUUUCAGGCUGUGUGAAGGAGAUUUCCACCUGCAGCCAACAAAUGUAGAUGACCUCAAAGCAGCUGUUAUGGACAGUUUUUUUAUGAUUUCCAGUCUUCAAAAGAGAAGAAAAAUGUCUAUGAGAAUUUGGAAAUAGAUCAAACAGUUGGUGAACAAUAGAAGAAAAAACAUCAUCUAAACGUGUUUGAAUGAGUGAACGAAUGAAUGAUAGCACUAUUACUUUACUGCAGAUAAUUUUGUAACUUCUUCAAAAGAUAGUAAUACAAAUCUGUAUUUGGUACUGGCUAGAUCUUGAACUCAUUGGCUAUAUUGAAUACCAGAGUUCAGUGAAAUAUUGGAGAAACCAGAGAGGGUCUCAAAGAGAACAACAAAAUAAUUGGAUUAUUGGAUCUGAAUGAAGUAAUAUUAUCCAUAAUAAGGAGUAGUAAUAUCUGUAAUAAUAUAACAACUGUAUUGAAAGCUUAUGACAGCAUAUGUUCUAAACACUGUGUUGAGUUCUUUAUAUGUAUUAAACACUGUGUUAAACUUGUAAAGUUCUCAUAAAAAUUUUAGGAUAUACACACUAUUGUUAUUUCCAUAGUGAUGAGGACACUAAAGAAUAUGGAAGUUAAAUAAUUUUUCCAAGCUCAAUCAGCUAACAAAUACUGAAGCUAAGAUUUACACCCAGACAAGGAUUUCAGAGACCAAACUCUGAGGGAUUAAGAUUAAUUGGUGAUGAUUAUAUGAUCAUUAUAUUUAAGUAGAAAUAUUGUAAAAAAUUAAA